AUGAGCUUCCUCGGCAUCGAAGGAUAUCAUGUUUUCAUCACCGGAGCAGCCGGUGGCAUCGGCCAAGAAGCCGUCAAAGAAUUCCUUGGCCAAGGAUGCAAGGUUACAGGGCAUGACCUUCGCCAUGUCCCUACACCUGCUUCUGCAAACAACUCGAAUUUCUACUCUGUGACUGGAGAUAUCUCGUGCGAGGAGUCGGUUGCAUCAUGCAUUAAAUCGGCUGUGGACCAUUUCGGACCUAUCAACAUUCUGAUCGCCAACGCAGGAAUCACCGACGAAUCUUCCGAAUAUAACAUCUGGGAGAUCCCAUUGGAUAUUUGGGAAAAGACAUACAACACGAAUAUCCGGGGCACAUUCCUAACCAUCAAACAUUUCCUGCAAAGUGCAAAGGAGGCCCAGACUGCGGCAGGCAACACGGAGCUGGAGAAUCUGGCUAUCGUCGUCACUGGAUCCGAGACUGGCAAGUUUGGCCAAGCUGGUCAUACCGAGUAUGCCUCUGGCAAAGCUGGUCUGCAGUACGGUCUUGUUCGCGGCGUCAAGAAUGAGAUUGUCAAGAUCAACUCAAAAGCGCGUAUUAAUGCUGUCGCACCUGGUUGGGUUGAUACCCCUCUGAUUGCCGGGAGACUCGAUGACCCUAAGGAGAUGUGGAACGAGGCCCAGGCUACGGUUCCACUCAAAAAGAUCGCUCAGCCCGAAGAUGUCGCGCGCACUAUGGCCUUCCUGGCCAGUCAUCGGGCGGCUGGUCAUAUCACUGGACAAUGUCUUUCCGUCGACGGAGGCAUGGAGGGUCGUGUGAUUUGGAGGGCGGAUGAAGUGCUAGGCAAAGAGAACACUGUUGUGCAGGCCAAGUCUGUGAAUGUGAACGUCCCUCAGCCUAUUGUGACCAAGAAGCGUCGCAUUCAGAUCCUUCUCUCUGUCGAUUUCGACGCGGUGUCCGGUUUCCUUGGAACUGGUGCCUCGGAGACCAACAGUCUUUCUGAUUACAGCAGUGGGUAUUUUGCAGCUCAGGUUGGAGUACCGCGUUUGCUACGACUUUUCAAGAAACAUGGAAUUUCUUCAUCGGUCACUUGGUUUGUGCCGGGUCAUUCGAUGGAGUCUUUCCCUAACGAGACUAAGGCGAUCGUGGAAUCUGGUGCCGAGGUCGGAUGCCACGGAUACGCGCACGAAGGCGCUGCCCAGAUGACCGAGGAGCAGGAAAGAGAAGUUAUUAUCAAGUGUGUUCAGCUUGCAACGGAGUUGACUGGGCAGAAGCCUCGCGGCUGGAGAGCACCACUCUACUUGCUGAGAGAGCAUACUGUGAAGGUGUUGGAGGAGUUUGGAUUCCUAUACGAUACCUCCCUUACACACCACGAUUCCGCACUAUACUUCCUCCCUGAACUUCCACCUAUUAAGCCGAUUGACUUUUCUCCUUCGCAAUCGGCCACCACAUGGAUGAAGCCCCUCGCACAGCCAGGUCCCAGAACAGACAAGACGCUCGUGGAGAUUCCUUGCAACUGGUACAUGGAGGACAUGACGCCAAUGCAAUUCAUUCCUGCGGCAAACAACUCCCAUGGAUUUGUUAGCCCAACCGCCAUUGAGGAGAACUGGAAAUCUCGUUUUGAAUUCCUCUAUAACGAGACUGAGGACUUUGUUUUCCCUCUGGUCUUGCAUCCCGAUACGAGUGGUAUGGCCCAUGUUAUUGGUAUGAUCGACCGGAUGAUCACAUGGUUGAAGCAGAAGGGCGACGAGGUGGAGUUUGUUACUUUCGAGAACUGUGCCAAGGAGUGGAAAGCGAAGCAAGAUAAAUGA